AUUAGAGUAGUAUGUUAUAAUUAGGAUUUGCGAGUUGUGACAUUACUUCUUUCCAAAUAAUGUGACUCGCAUGGUUUAUUGAUUCGCGGUGCACUGUGGGUAACACGCUGGUUGUCGCCAUUUUCUACUCGUCGAAGUAAGAACAGGAGCAUAUCAUGUCAAGAUACAGGGAUCAAGGCACAGACACGAAGAUUUAUGUUGGAGACCUGCCUAAAGAUGCAUCUGAGAAAGAAAUAGAUCGCCACUUCAGUUAUUACGGACGUUUACGAAAUGUAUGGGUGGCAAGAAAUCCCCCAGGUUUUGCUUUUGUUGAGUUUGAAGACCCACGGGAUGCUGAGGAUGCUGUGAGAGCACUUGAUGGAACAACUGUGUGUGGUGCAAGAGUGCGUGUUGAACACUCCACUGGAAAAGUGCGCCCUAAACCAUGGCUGAGAGGCAGUGGUGGUGGCGGCGGCAGCGGAGGUGGUGGUGGUGGUGGAGGUGGUGGUGGUGGUGGUCGAGGACCUCCACGUCCCAGGAAACAGUUCCACCCAGAAGACCGAUGCUAUGAGUGUGGAGACCGAGGACACUAUGCUUAUGACUGCUACAAGUAUAGCCGCAGAAGGUCCAAGAGAUCAAGACUUUCCCUUCUUCCACUUACGAUUCUGAUGAGAAUCAUCGCUCAUUCCACCAGACUAAGAUAUCAACCUUCAUCCCCGACUUCUAGACUUCACAUAUCUCUCACGUGAUCAGCCAUCGCUGAAAUUACGACCCUAUCCCCUCGUGGUGACUUCACUCAGAGAGAAACUCGAUCUGCAACAAUUUCAGCCCAAAAUUCGACCAUCUCCUUCAGUUCACCUGAGACAAGCGUCAAAUAGAUCUCGAAACAACAAGCACAAUCGAUGAUCAUCCUUCUAUCAUGCACAGUAGAAUGGGUCAACACAUCAUUUCUGCUGCGUUCCAAUGAUUGAAUGAGAUGAUCGAUUGACAUACACGUCCAUUAUCUAGAAAUUCAUGACUGCUGUAAGCGUAAGUCUAAAGCUGCCGAGAAUAAAUCUGAUAUAAGACAAGAUAUGGUUGCUUUCCUAACUGGCAAAGACUAUUCAUCACCCGAUAUUUUUGUUUUUUAAUGAAAUAAUGUCCAAAGUAAUAUUCUUUUUGAAAGUUUCACUUUUGGGCUAAUUUCCUUCCAAGAAUUAGUUCUUAAAGUAAAACAAUUUUUCGGUUAUUUUUUUCUUAUAUUUGUUAGUUAAAUCUGGUGCUGCAUGUAUUCUUGCAUUUCAGCUUACAUGUUAGUGUAAAAAUGUACAUUAAAUUGAAUGGUGCAUAUUUUCUAAGUCCCGUUACCUGGAUUGUUUUUGGUAGAGUUAUUUUCAGGUGACCUUUGGUCUGUGGUGAGUGAAGUGUAAGAGUAAACUAAAAAAUUGCUUCCCAAAUUUUUAUAUUU